AUGUGGAAAGUUGGAAGAUACAUUAAAGAACAUACAUGUGAUAUGGGUACGUGCCGCGAUGGACAUUUCAACUUGGAUGUUGAGAUGAUUGCUAACGUCCUUCGUGUUGAUAUAGAAAAAACGCCAAAGUUUCCCAUCAAAGACUGUCAAACAACGGUUCUUAAAGCAUAUGGCAUUUCGAUAAGCAGAAGAAAAGCAUAUCUUGGUCGCAAGCGUGCUUUUGAAAAAGUCUAUGGUACUUGGGAGGGUUCUUUUUCUGAGUUGCCGAGGUUCGUGGAAGCUUUGAAACACUUCAAUCCCGGAACAAUAAUUGAAUGGAAAACAAAACGGCGUGUCGAUGUCAUUGAAGAUGUAUUCAACUAUGUGUUCUGGACUUUUAAACCAUGCAUUGAUGGGUUUGUGUUUUGUCGUCCUGUUAUAUCGAUCGACGGAACACAUGUCUAUGGAAAAUAUGAUAUCAAGUUGUUGAUUGCGAUUGCAACGGAUGGUAACAGCUCAAUAUUACCUUUGGCAUUUGCAAUAGUUGCGAAUGAGAGCAUGGAGACAUGGAGUUUAUUUUUGGAUCAUUUGCACUUGCACGUUGUCAAGGGUCGUAGAGGUGUGGCAUUAAUUUUAGAUAGGCAUCACGGAAUACUCUCAUCCGUGUAUAAUUCUCCCAAUUGGCAGGCCCCAUUUGGGUUCCAUCGUUUUUGUUUAAGACAUUUGAAGGCCAAUUUUCAAAAAAAAUUCAAAAAUGUCAUUUUAAACAACCUUUUAUGGGCAGCUGCAAAUCACUGUCAGGAGAAAAAGUUUUUGGAAAAAAUGGAGAUGAUCAAGGAGAUUAACCCGAAAGCAUAUGUGUGGUUAAUGAAGAACGAUCUUGACAAAUGGACAUUGCACAUGGAUGGAGGUAGGAGAUGGGGCAUGUUGACAACAAACAGUUCCGAGUCAUUCAAUGGUCUUCUUAAGUCAGCCAGGGGCCUGCCAGUUACUGCAAUGGUAAGACUCACUUACAAUCAGAUUGUGAACCGAUUUGUUACAAGAUCAAAAUUUGUCAAUCAGCUAGUACAACAAAAGCAACAAUGGAUGCCUAAACCAUUCAAGAUUUUUGAGGAUAAUCGAAAAAAGUCACAGCGUCACACACUUAUCAACUAUCACCAACAAAGGAAAAACAUAUUUGAGGUGCAAACACAUAUGCAUCAUGGCAGUGGUGGUAAUAAACACAUUGUAAAUGCAUCACAAGGAAAAUGUCAAUGUGGUAAAUGGCAAUCAUACCACAUUCCGUGUUCUCAUGCAAUAAAGGAAUUUGACCAAAUUGGGUAUCAAGCAUGGGAGCAUAUGGCACCAGAAUUUAGCGUGCGUAGCUACAAAAAAGCCUACUCUGGACAAUUCAAUCCACUCGGCGGUGAAAAAUAUUGGCCUGAUAGUCCUUUUCUUAUGAUAGCAAAUAAAAAAUAUUUACGAAAAGUGGGCGUAAAUAAAAUCACCCCUAUACGUAAUGAAAUGGAUGUUCCCGCAAGUACACUUACUCGCAAAUGUUCAACGUGCAAACAAAUAGGCCAUGAUAGGCGUAACUGUCCUUCACAAGCUCGAAACGCCUCAUAUGGUGGUAGUAGCUAA